UCUUUGGUGUGGGCAGCGAGCAAGCGUUUGCGUUUCGAUGCAUUGUUAAAGUUGCUGUCGCUACAGGGGUGCACCCACUGCUUGCUGUUGCUGCAGGUGUUCCUUGAAUAGAGAGGAGAGGAGAAGAUCCCUCACCUGGAAACCACCUGUAUUUCCAGAUUUUUUCUCGUGAAAAUGGACUAAAGCCUUAAAAUAUCGGUGACAAUGGCCAGUUUGGAAGCUCUCGUGGCUGCGCUAUUUGUGCUUUGCUUUCCGCAUAGUAUCAGCUCGACCGAAGUAGGUCAAUCCUAUCCUAUCGGAUGCUUCAGCUUCAGGAUCGAAUUGAAGUCAAAUUAUUUUGAAAUUUCGCCUGUUUCGUCAUCUUCUUCAGUGGACAACUGCGUUAUAAACUGUCUGAAUCUCUACUACGGGUAUGCGAAUUUGAAAAACGGAGACACCUGCUACUGCAGCUCGAAGCACGAAGGCACAAGUGCAGGAGAAUGCACCACGCCCUGCGCGAGGAAUUCGUCUCAGAUUUGCGGUGGACCCAAUUCCCUCUCUGUUUAUGCAACUGGACAAUUAGUCCCUGGGCCUCCAGAAAUCAAAGUGGACCAGGUGACUGACUCGAGCAUCCUUGUGAAAUGGAAGCGGCCGAAAGCAGCCAACAGCCUGAUCACGGGUUACACCCUCUCCCUGACAUAUUUGCGGGGCUUCUCCUCGCCCUUGCCGCCCAUGGAGUGGGAGUAUGCCGGCAACUCGUCGAGGGCCAGACUGGCGUCCCUGCAUCCAGGCACAGAGUACAACCUGACCGUCAGCGCCAUGUCCGAGGCUGGACUGGGCGUUCCCGCCAUCACCACAGUCUGGACACAAAUUGGAGAUCCUGAUGAGCCGGAAGUGCCUAAAGUGUUGUCUCAGGAUGCAAAUUCUAUAACAAUAGAAAUCACGCCAGCCAGGAACCAGAAUGGUCCAAUUUCCGCCUACCAGAUCAUUGUUAUGGAUGAGAGCGUGCCCACGGCCUUCAACGAAUCCACGCUCUUUGCUUACGCAUUGGCUCAGAAGGAAAGCAUUCCCUACUACAUCACGGCUGAACUCAAUCCAGAUAGCCUGGACACAAAGUUUGUGGUGGGUGACGGCAAGUUCUACGGUGGCUACUACAACGCUCCCCUCUCCGCGGAGGGUCACUUCCACAUUAGCAUGGGUGUUAUCAGCUUCAAGGACGGCGUGCGGAAAUCCAGCUUUGCUCACGCAACCCACGAGCAGCACGGAGUGAUUGUUCUUGACGUCGGUCCAGUGACAAGAGACACAUCGCCGUCGACCAUGGUGAUCGUUUUGUCCUUUGCAAUCGCCUUCUUCAGUGUUCUGCUGGUCUUGUCCAUCGUUGUUUACGUGGUCAUGAGACACAAGGUUCACCAGCGACGCCUCAGGCUGCCCGACAAUCAGGAGCUCUCCAUACAGGGACCAAUUCUUGAAGUGGAAGGAAAUGGUUACGUGCACACCGGAUACAUUCCCGAGGACGAAGAUGAAAGAACAAACCAUUUAGAAGCCUUAAAAGCUAAAAUCUGGAGCAUUCCUGUGAACCACCUGGACGUGAAGAACGAUCUUCUCGGAACUGGAAAAUACGGAUCGGUCCUCAAGGGCAGCGUGAAUCAAAAAGGCUUCCCUGUUCCAGUAGCCAUCCACUCGAUAGCUGAUGUUUUGAUGUCCAAGGCGGAACGGAAAGAAAUGCUGAAGGACCUGGACCUUUUGGUGCGUCCUGGCUCUCACGACAACCUGAUCUCUCUCAUCGGGACCUGCGAACAUCCCGACCUUCUCUACAUAGCCAUCGAACACCAUCCAGCGACCCUGAAGGACGUUCUGCUCGAGUCCAGGAUUCUCGAGCACUCUGCCCCAGACCAGCAAGAUAACAUUACUCGAUUCUGCUCCCUUUCCGAGCACAGCAUUUUGAACACUCUGCUCGGGGUUGCGGACGGAAUGAAAUUCCUGGAAGGCAAAAGGAUUUUCCACAAGAAACUUUGCGCCAGUCACGUUGCCAUGGCAGACGGAGUGAAUCCAAAAAUCAGCGCCAUUGGAAUCUCAGAGUACUGCAGAAGUCAGCAGAGCCCGACCGACCUGACGCGUUGGACCGCGCAGGAGAUUUUCCGCAGCGGCCACUUCACGUCAAAGAGUGACGUGUGGGCGUUCGCGUGCGUGGCCUGGGAGACGCUGGCUCUGGGAGGCACGCCGUACCCUGACGUGCCGACUAGGGAGCUGCCUGCACGGAUAAUGCGCGGCCUCAUCCUGCCUCAGCUGCCACACAUCGGGGAUGAGCUCUUCCAGCUGCUGCUCCAGUGCUGGCAGGUCGACCUCGACGAACGACCGUCGUUCGAGGAACUUGUUGAAGCUCUACACUGCCUCUUGGAUAACCCCGCGCACCACGUUAGCUUUUCCCUUAGAAGUGGAUUCCGGUAUGAGCCAUAUGCGCCUGAAAUGGAAUCAAUCGCCAAAUGACAAAGGGAGGAACGCAUUCUCGUCAGAUAUUAGGUAUUUUUUUCCCACGUGCAAUUUAUAACCUCAAACCACUGCAAUUUUAGCGUGCAGAUAUCAUUCCUUUUAAGUUAAACCAAGCAUUCCAAUUUUAAAAGAGAUCGAAACGCAGCUUAAAAUGAUGACUGAUAUUAACAAAACAGUGAAAUCAAAUAUUGUAUUAUUUUGUUAGACUUGUGAAUUUUAGUCUCCUGUAAAAGCCACUUUUUUAUUGAAUUUUGGGUAAAAAAGCCGGGUUUCCUGGCAAAAAUGUAAACGCUUCCGUGGAAAAUGGCGAUAUUGUAACAUUUUUGGCUAACUUUAAAAACAUUUAAAAAAAUGGAUGGAAAGUUGAUUUAACUUGUGCAAUAUUUUGCAAAUUUAUUUACAUUAAUUUACUAGACUCAACUGUUUUUCAAGUUUCUCGAACCCUUUUAAGAACAAAAAAUAUAAAGGGAGGGUUAGAAAAACUUAAAUUUAAAUUUUUCUUUAGCGGAAAUAUUGAAAAAAAAAAUCGUUAAUUUUGUACACAUAUAAAUCAUAAAAGUGUGCUUAAGUCGAUUUUAUGACGCCAAUUUUCCAAGUAAUUAAGGUCCUCUUUGAUUACUUGCCGUCUUCAAAGCUUAAGAAAAUUAUUAACGUGAUUAAACUAAAUUUCCAGUCAAUGUAUUUUCUUGUGUUCUCUAUCCAACGACAUCUUUUUAUGGUUUUUGUACACGCCCAAGAAAUAUUUUGGUUUUUAUUCCGUCCAACUUGUGUGAUCUUUUGUGAAUUCGCUAAAUUUUUAUUUGCCUAUGUAUAGUUUUAAGUACCAGUUUAAUUCUGAAGUUGUGCCACAUACACACGCAUUUUGCUCAAGUCGCAGUAGCAAAAUUGUCUCGUCUUUUUGGAUCUGCUUCCAAGGGGAACACUGAGAUCCCCUUAUAUUAGCAAAUAUUUUUGUAACUACUCGAAUGCAGCAAAUAAAUAAAUAAAAGUCACCUGUGUAACCUA